AAAAUCUGAUAGGUCGGAAGAAAAAGAUGGUGUGUGAUUGUAGUUGAGUUACAGCUGCGGACAGUUUCAUCAUCCGACAAAAAUGAGCGGCGCCGCUCCAAGGUUCCUCUUCAUCCUCCGCCGCCACAACAUCCGUCUCCUCUCUCCUUCCUUCUCCUCCCAUUUCCACCAGCGCGCUCUCUUAUCUUUCACUUCCUUUUCCUCACCCACUCCUUCUCCUUCCUCUCUUACACCCAAACUCAAAGUCAAAGCCUCCCAACACCAACAACAACAUCAUAUUCACGCGCAAACUUCAACCUCCUCUCUCGCUGGGUCCCACCCCUGGCCCGAGUUUUCCAGAUUUCUCUCCCACAUCACAUCCGCCGGUUACACUUCCACGAUUCCUCCCGCCGAUGGUUUCCCUGCCUCUGGAGAAUUGUCGCAGGCCGAGGUCAGUGCCUGCUUGGCCUUCGCUCGUGAUAGACCCAACCUUCUCAGGUUGCUUUCUAUGAGAGACGUUGCGGUUUUGGUUGAACACGGUACUCCCUUUAUGUUCCCAGACUCUGAGGAUUGCGUUAGGAAGAUGAAGUCUUUUGUAUCAAACGGCGACUCCACUGCCUUGGAUUCUGAUAAAGCAAAUAUGGUUGAUCUGAUGAAAUUUAUGCUGAGUUAUGCAAGUAACUGCUUGGUUUCUUCAGAAAGGAACAUUCUCUAUAACAGAAAUCUUGUUGAAUCAGUAGUCAGAAACCUAUUCAGUGAUCUUUUCAAGCUGAGUUAUAGUGCACCUGGACCUAACUCUUUUGAUUCAGUGCAAAGUCAAAUACCCGGUAGAUUUGGACGCACAAUGCCUCCUGGACAAAACAUUGAAAUGAAAAGGGGUGAUUGGAUUUGUCCAAGGUGUAGUUUUAUGAAUUUUGCCAAAAAUAUUAAAUGUCUUGAAUGUGAAGAAGCAAGGCCAAAAAGACAACUGACUGGAGGAGAAUGGGAAUGUCCUCAGUGUGAUUUCCAUAAUUAUGGGAGGAAUGUAACUUGCUUAAGGUGUGAUUGCAAGCGGCCCGGCCAAAUAUCUUUAGAUUCCACCAAUACCACGUCACAUCCAGUGUAUGGAAAUGGAAACAGUUCUAAUGCUUCAGAUAUUGAUGCUAGAUUAGCUGCUAAUGAAGAAAAGGCACAACGUUGGUUUAGCAAGGUUUCUCAACUAGACAGCAAUUCUGAUAUUAACAGUGUGAUAGACGAUGAAGAUUUUCCAGAAAUAAUGCCGUUAAGAAAAGGAGUUAAUCGAUUUGUUGUGAGCACGAGGAAAACUCCAUUGGAGAGGAGGUUGACCAAUGCUCAAUACAAGAGAAACUUGGGAAAUAAUGACACUCAUGGAGUUGAGGAUUUUGAAACCAGGGAGUCGGCCAAGUCCCGUGAUACUCUGGAUGACAUUCUGGGUCGUUCAACUGGUCUUCCUCAAUCUGAUUAUAAAAACAUGAGUGCUGAACAAAAUUUCAAUGGAGGGAGGGCACCUUCAAUUGCUAGCAAUUCUUCACAUUUCAACGACGUUAAAGGGAGCAACACUACUACUCUUCCUUCCUUUCCAUCAUAUGCCAGUUCUCGUGACAAUGACAGUACACAACUUUCUAAUAACUCUACAAGUGAAAAUGUCAUCAAGGAUAAGGAGAAAGAGCAAGCCGAAAAAUCCGAUAGAUGGUUUAGAAAGAUUGCGGAGCUGCAUGAUGUUCCAGAUAUAACAAGUGCAAUAUCUGAUGACGAUUUCCCUGAAAUAAUGCCAAUGCGUAAAGGAGAAAAUCGAUUUGUUCUUAGCAAGAAAAAAGAUCGGUCCUUGACAACACCAGCAUAUAAGAGACGUCAGGCCAUGGAGCAAUCUGGUAAUACCAACUUUGUCCCCUUUGUACCCUUCCCCCCAGAUUACUUUGCCAAAAAGGACAAGCAACCGGCAGAUGAAACCGAUUCAAUGGAUAGGUCCAAUGUUGAAUCAUCCUCAAUAUCUGAAGCAGCUGAAAUGUCAGGCGAUGCUAGAGCUAGACUUGUACAGAGUUCAAAACCUUCUGAUCAGAGCUCAAGUAACAAUCAUGUUGGUUCUACUUCUGGAGCUACAAGCAGUGGAAAUUCAAGCCAGGGUUUCAAUCAAGAUCGUGUGCCAAAUUUGACAGAGAGUUCAUCCACAUGCUCAGCGUCCGAGAACCAGAGUGUUGGAACAGAAUGGAGAGGAAAGAGUUUAGAGGGGUCGGCAGUCAAGGAACCAGAUCCUUUGGACAUGUCAGAGGAGGCGAAGGCAGAGAGGUGGUUCCGACGCGUUGCGCAGAUUAAGGAUAUCUCUGAGCUCAGUCAGAUUCCAGACGAAGAUUUUCCGUCAAUAAUGCCUAUGCGUAAAGGGGUGAACAGAUUUGUGGUGAGCAAGCGGAAAACACCAUUAGAAAGGAGAUUGACAUCUCAGCAGUACCGAAGAAAUCUUCCUGUUGUGAGCUCAGAUCCUGUUAAGAGAGAAAAUGAAGGUAGCUGAAGAGUAGUGUUGUUAUUGUUUUGAUUUAUUUUUCGAGGCGAUGUUAAAAGUUUCACCGCAAAUUAUACAAAAGGAAAAUGAAGAUGAUGGAAAACAUUAAGAGUCAAACAUUCUGUUGUGACAUCUUUAAGAUUGAUGAUAAUUUUGUCAUCGAGUAUUUAUCUGUCUCUGUUGAGGGGGCCUUGUUUUAUAUGAUGCUAGUGUUGUCUAUGUAUUUUGUAGUUUGAACAGAUUUUUUGAGUUUAGUUUUUCAAAUCUUUCUGGAUUUAAUCAAGUGUCUCUAGUUUUGUGAAAUAGUCAAAUGUUAUACCCCUUUCAGUUUA